AUGCAUUCGUCUGGAGACUUGAAGGGAUUGACUCCGUCUCAUUGUGGUCCUCCCAAAUGGACGACUCCAAACACAUUAAAACAUUACUUUCUCCUUCACGACAUCGCGGAAGAUGAUGAGGCUAAAACCACUGCAGUUUUCAAAGAAAUGUGCACCACGUACGGAAUGGAUUCCUGCCAAAUGUUACGGAUUGGUGAUGGGACACCAACGGAAGAUUUGCCGAAUGUUUGGCAUGAUAGCCAAGAGUUGGAUGCUAUUCUAAACGUUGGAUUACGCCGUGCUCUCCAGCAUGCCGCCGCUUCGGCGAUGGCCCAACAGUCAGCUGAUCGGAAACCAAGUGCCCCUGGCGUAUCCACAAUUUCCCCAUCAUACGCUGUUGUUCAGUCUUUCACCUUGCCAUCCACAGCCAUUAACGGCUAUCCAGGGAAUGGACAACCUUUGAUCAUAAGGGGCAAUGCAAUAUCAGCUGCUGAUAGAGGAACUUUAAAAAACGUCACACUAAAGUUUCUCAGAGACUGUUUGAUUCCUCAUGUAGAAAGGUUAAUGCGCACAUUGCUCGAGCAGUUAGCUGCUAGACGAGGUUUGAUAGGGAAAUCGUUAACGAGCGGAAUGAAGAAAUGGUUCGGUGGCAGUUCGGCUGGGAAUUUACAAAC